CGCGGGGAGUCAUUGUAAUGUCAAACUCGGAGCGUUUAGUAGUGGUGUUGUCACUUCGCGAUACGUAUCUAUUUCUCUAAUACGUAGCAGUUUCAUAAUUAUUUUUCUCCGUUCAACUACACGCUGCUGUUAACUACGCUUAAUUCACAUUAAAUUGCAAGGGAAGUUCGAGGCAUUAGAAGGAUGUCACAAAAUUUAAGAAGAUUCCGUAAAAUUCAAGAGAAUAUUCGAGAAACAACGCUACAGGGAGAAGGGUUAAAGGAAUUAUUCGCGGAAACGAGGGAGAAGAACAGGUCUAGCGCCGGAAGAAAUUUGGAUAGGAAAGGAGGAUCUGUCGUUUAAUACGUGCUCGCCUCUUUUCCUCCUUUCUUUCAAAGUAGCUGAGUAGUUGUUUAAUUCUUAACGAGAUGGCUGCUGAAGGAACUUAAUUUAAGCCGCUUUCCACAUUUACUUUAUUUCGUUCGGUAACGAUGGCGCGACAAUUCGUGUAUAAAUCCAGUAUUGACGCGUCGCCGAUAUUUGCUAGUAUAUCAUAGAAAUCCGCAUCGAUCAUAGAAAUUCAGCGAUAUAGGCAUCAAAGGAUAUAGGCCGAUAACUCAUUUUCCAUUGGAGAAUCGAUUCGAGUAGAGUCGCAUAGAUCGAUUCGAUGUUCACUGGGUGGAGUGCGCUGCUCAUACUCGCACGUUUAACGCGAGUGCCCGUCGUCACGUGUCCCGUCGAAAAUAAGUAUCGUCUACUGAUAAAUGUGCCCGAAGCAUUGGCGGUGAAACAUGGUUAGCUACGUACAGGGGAAAUUCCAUUGGUCUCGCGUAGAUAUUUUCCUCGAUUCCCGUGAAACACGCGACCGACCGCGUUACAGUGCGAGUACCCUACACAUCACGCUUGUACGCCUAUACGCGCAUGGAACGAAGAGAUCGCUUUAUACUGCUUCGUUCUACGUGCACCGUAAAAAUGCAAAGCAGGCUUGCACGUCAGCGCAUACAUCAGCAUACACGUGCACACGAGACAGCCGUGCCGUCGCUGCCAUGGGACCUGGACGUAGAAGCGGAGGGGGUCGUUUACCCCGCACUGCCACUCCGCUAUCAACUUGCUCCGAUAUUAUCGACAAAAGACUCGACGUUUCUAAUUGACAAAGACGGAAGGGAUAUAUCAACGCGGCGCAUCUGCCGAAACGACGCGGAGGCGAAGAAAAAUGCAACGAGCGUAGGUGUAAGAAUAAAGAGGGAGAAACGGAAGCAGGAAGAGGCGGGCAAAGUGACUGGGCUGAAGCUGCUUUACAUAAGCGUCCCGCCGUACUCCUUUAGGGGCCAGAGUGCGCUUCUCGAGUGCAGAUACGACCUAGAAGCGGACAAGCUUUACUCCAUCACGUGGUACAAGGAUCACGAGGAAUUCUACAGAUACGUGCCUAGAGGGGAACCUACGAAGCACAGCUAUCGCGUCGAGGGCGUUAAAGUUGACCACCGAAAAUCCAACGACAAGGAGGUGCUGCUGCAGGACGUGAGCCUGCACAGUAGCGGACGGUACAAAUGCGAAGUGAGCGCGGAGGCUCCUAGCUUCAACUCGGUCAGCGCAGAAGCCAGCAUGGAAGUCGCAGUUCUGCCGCAAGACGGGCCGUCGAUAACGGGCGAGGAGAAGGUUUACGCGACCGGCGACGUCCUCGGGCUGAAUUGCACCAGCGGCAAGUCCCAUCCCGCCGCGACGCUCAAAUGGUUCAUCAAUAGGGAGCAGGAAAACGAGAGCCAACGAAGAAUAAUUCGAGAAACAGAGGCAAGGAGAGAUUGCUCGAAAGAAAGAAACGGCGAGGAGGAGAGAAAGACGAGAGACGGUGGGCGGAAGAAGGAAAUUCGGGCAACUCGGUUAACUGCUAAUUAAUCCGCGUCACGUAGUCGAAGAGAAUCUAAUUUGUCCGCGAGAAAAAGUCGGCCGAGUCGAACCGGUCGAACAAAAGAACGCCGCGAUCGAAUCUCGCGUUUUCGAUCGUCCGCAUCUCGCGGUAGAUCGCCGGGCCGCGAGGUCUCGUCACUCCGAGGAUUUAAAAAUAUAAUCCGCAAAGCGCAGGCAGUUGAAGCGAGUAGACACGAGCUCGCAAGUUGUGCGCGUUUAAAGAUUACGUCGAUGAACGUCGGUGCCCCUUUAGGGCUUCGCAGCGAAUCGCACGCGCCGCGACGGCUCGAAAAGUUUCCUAUUAUCCCGCUCGUCGUCUCCCACCUCCGCGUUGCUCGAGCAAAACUUGCCAACCUUCUCGACGAUGUCCAUUAGGAGUUGAGCGAGUUUAGCGCGCCACUUAACGCGAGUGUAAUAUCGUUUCGAAAACGUUCUCGUCGUGACGACUCUCGAAAGAUUCGGCGACAAAGCCGACGGGGAUGGCCGCAAGAGGCCUUCGACUUUCCACGGCCCGCGGCCCUCGAUCGCUCG